UUCCUCUAGGGGGCCAUGGUGCAUGUGUGCUUGUAGCCAUACAGGAAACUUGGAAGUGAAAGCAAGAAUGCAAAUUGGGCACACAUUAAGUCGUCUUCCUUCCGAAUGCCUGCUGUGGGAUUCAGCGUCGUACUCCUGGUGUUUUUUGCUCCUUUCCAGCCCAUUCAAGGUGAAGAGCUCCGGCCGCCUCAGAACGUCACUUUUGUCUCAGAGGAUUACAGUCUGUUUGUGAAAUGGUUGCCGCCUGAUGGUGCCCCUCCAGGAGUGUCUUAUACUGUCCUUUGGAGGAACCCUUUUGAUCGUCAGUGGGAGGAAGUGCAGCAUUGCCGAAAUAUCAUGGAAACCAUUUGCAAUAUUACCUGUAUGUUUCAAAAAUCAAGCAACAGAUACCGGGUCAAGGUGGAAGCUCAAAGCAGAAUCGGGGCUGGAUCCAUCCCAUCGGCUCCUGAAACCAUCGAUUACAUCCUUCAGGUGCAACUUGCACCUCCAAUUCUCAGAGCAAGAUAUACCCAAAAUAUCAUCUUCGUGAACGUUUCUUUCACCUACCCUUCUUGUAUGAAAGACGUCUUUCAGUAUCUGGCAUAUGACUUGGAGAUUUGGAGAGGUGAAUUCCAGAAACUGGUGACAUUAGAGGACAUUCACAGCCCUUCAGUAGAGGUCAACACAACAGACUGGCUCGAUGGCAAACACUGUCUUCGUGCCCGAACUUUCUUUAAAAAUGGGAACAGGAAGCGGAGCAAUUUCUCGGAACCCCUUUGCCUGUGGUUGCAUGAAGAAGAUGCAGGAGGAAUCGAAGUAAGAAAAUGGGGAAAUGUUGUUCUUCCUUUGCUUGCUGUAUUAGUUCUCUGCACUUGUGUCGCCAUGUUUCUCUUCUACUACAGACGCAGAAGGAAGCAAGUUGAGAUGCCUUCAGCUUUGGAUUUUUCUACGUACCAGCACCCAAAGAACGUGCUGGAAUUUGAUGAAAGGGAUUUGACCAAAAAAAAUGUCCACUUCAUUCUGGAACAGAAAAUCACACCUGCCCUGUUAGUUCUUUCCGUGGAUUCUUUAUCAAAAGAAAGUGAAGAAAGCAGUGAUGAGGAUGAUAGUAGUAGCCACAUUCCUUACACAGAAACACAUCGAUUUCAGAAGAAGGAUGAAAACUGCUCAAUGGUUGGCACCUUUCCAACAUGUUCCGGCUCUUCUUCUGGAUCUGGUGAUUCCCAACUAAGUGGAGAAAGCUGGCCAGCUGCAAUGAGGUCAAAACCCUUUUUUACAGCAGAAUGGAUGACAACGGAUGCUUCUUCUGGACUCAUAGAGGAGAUUUUCCUUUCUGAGGACUCCAUUAUGGAUGAAUCUGUUAGCUUUGCAGACGACUUCUCAGCUGCUAGUAGAGAAGGUCAAGAAAUUACAAGCAGAGAUGUCGACUUUUUCAACCAGUUAAUGUUCUCAGAAAGUCACCACCACUUGCACUUUUCCACAGGUUUGGAAAUUAGAACUGGAGGAGUCCAAUGCAGAAGUAUUUGUGCAAGUCUAGGAAACUCACAGACAUCUCUUUGUAAUGAGCCUGAAGGGCAAGUUAUAGAAGAAUGGAGAUGUGAAAAUGACUCUAGCAAUUGUGAGGCUCUCCGGCUGGAAAAAUCUGUGCUUGAUAUGUCUUGCAAAGACAGGGUAAAAAAUGGAGAACGGGUUGAAAACAAUACUCUGAAAGCUACAGGUCACAAUUAUCAACCCAGGCAAGGACAUUACAUUUCAAGAACCUGAUGCCAAUUACGGGUAUUUAUUCUAAGAGUAGAGGAGAUCUUACCAUGAUUCUUCUAAAAGAUCCUUGGUGAGAGUUGCACUUUAAAAGGACAGGUAUUAUAGUUCCAUUCUAUUUCUAGGUUGCCAUAUUCAUCCAUUACAUCUUAUCUUUAAAACCAAAACAAAGAAAAACUGAAUUUUCCUAAGUGAAAUUCCAUCCAGAUUGAAAACCGUAACAUGAGUUUUCAUUGGGGAUUUUGUCAUGGAAAUUAGAAUUUUCUUAUGGAGAAUUGGAAUUCUUGGAAAAGUAAGUCUUCUUUCUCAGCUGAGUAUUGGGAUGUUCAGCUUAAAAAUGUCUAUCAUAUUUUGGAUAUCCAUGUCCAUCUCUCCAUUUAUGAAUAGUUGGAUAUGUUUUCCCCAUCUAAAAUAGAUGGGGGAAAUGGUGGGUUCUAGUCAGAAUCGUCUCUUUAGUGUCCGUCCACAAAUUGGUUUAAACUUGCUGAGACCAUAAUGUUCGUCCAUUGUGUUCAAAGAGGACCUUGGCAUCUAACAGGUUGUGGGCUGUCCAUGACGUGUCUGCAGGUGGCUAGUGAGGCCUAUAUGGGCACGAAAGGUUCUGCCACAUGUUGGGCAGAAAUGUGUGGGCACCACUGUUGUAGCAUUUGCAGCUCUGGCUUUGCGGAGUGCCUCGCUUCUCUUAUGCUAGGGUUGUCCUUCUGUCCUCAGAUGCCUGGCAGCCUUGGUGGAUCAGCGUGUGCCACGUGGAUUGAUCUUGUGCCAGAGUUUCCCAUGAGGUGGUGUCGAUAUCCAGGGACUUGAAGGAGGCUUUCAACAUGUCUUUGUAUCGUUUCCUUUGUCCCCCAUGCGAUCGCUUUCCUUGAGACAGCUCACCAUAGAGGGGCUGUUUGGGGAUGCGAUGAUGGUCUGCCAUCCUUGCAACAUGGCCUUCCCAGCGUGUCUGGGCUUAAACGUGCUGACACCAAUAUGUGAACAAAUAACAGUUCAGUCUAGGAUCGAGAAUUGACAACAGGAAAUACAGAAGUUUCUUGUGGAAGUGUUAAGCAUUGCAUUAUGUAAACUAAUCCAGACUGGUGCUGUUCUUUUAACCUGAAAGGCACACUUUCUAGAAUUAAGGAAGAGAUAAAGUUCAUCUCUCCCUCUUUUAGGGAAAGUUCUUUCAACCUCACACUAGGCCCUAAUAACUUUUUUUCAUCAACUCAUUGCCAAGGCAAUAAAGAAAUAUCAGAUAUGCUCUUUAUUGUGCAAUUAUCUGCACACAAACUUGGAUCUAAGCUUAUAUUGAAAUGAAGUACCAAUAAACAAAAAUACAUGUAGUUCAGGGUUGAAAUGAGGGGGUCUUUGGUGCUCUCUGAGCUUGUUUUCUUGCAGGCAUUUUAUAACCCAACUAGAUAACAUCAUCAGUGCUAGGACCCCCUAAAUGUGAAGCAUUUCAAACCAAGAGUCACUUUCAGAUUCUAAAUAUUUUUAUAGAAUGUCUUUGUAUUUAUAUGCCUUCAUUUAUAUCUCAUAUUGAGAUUGGCAUGUUGUGUCUCUCAUUGGUCGGGACAACAAAAUUCAUGCACUGUUGUGGUUCAGGGUUGAACUGUAGCUCUUUGGUGCCCUCUGAAUCGAUUGUUUUCUGCAGACAUUUCAUUACCAAAUUAGGUAACAUCAUCAGUACUAGAGCUAGCAGGGAUAACGUUACCUAGUUUGAUAAUGAAACACCUGCAAGAAAACAACCAGGCUCAGAGAGCACCAGAGACCCCACAACUAAGGGUCCACUUUCUUUGCAGAAUAGGUUUUUUUAUCUAUGUAUUUAUUUAGAAAUUUUAUAAGGCCGCCCACUCACUCUCAGUGAGUUUGUAUGGAUUACAAAAAAUAAAAACCCCAUAUACGACAGUAAAAACAAUUACCUCUUUUACAAUAAAAGCAAGGUUUCUGCUCUGUCAAAUUUAUAUCCCAAUUUUAAGUAAAUUACUUGGAUAUAAAAAUGCUAAUUGGUUUAGAGGCAGAAGGGGAGAGGAUUGGAGUUGUUUCUUUUCACAACAAAAACUCUCUGCAUAUCCUAGCACAGGACUUCCCUUGUUAAACGCUUCGGUUUUCUCAGCACUUUCUUGACUGACUGUGCAAUGUUUCAUGGUCCGUGAAUGUUCUAGGAGUAGGAGACAAAGAAAGAUCCAUGUUUGCAGAGAGCCUUCCCUAGAUAAAGGUCUUUUGUUUUCCCUUGGGGGAAAAAUUCUUUCAGAAGUGAGUUAGACCUUUUUCUUGAGUAAGGAUGCCCACACCCAUAAUGCAAUGCGUGCAUGAGCCCCCCCCCCCCCGCAACCCCCCAUCCCCCUGCACAUGAUUCCUGCCCCCCUGAGCCCAUUUUCAGCUUCCAUGUGGGUGCAGGAAGCUUUCCAGGCCCAAAUCGGAAGGCCUCCUACACCAACCUGGUAGCCAAAAUGGUGUGCGUGAGUGCUGCGUGAGCCCCCAAAAUGCAAUGCGAGCACCCCCUGUGCAUGUGUGCAUGUGUCCCCCCCUAUGUGCCCUGCCCUCCGCGCAUGCAUGAUAGAGACGCGAAGAUGGGCUGGCUGGCAGGAGGCAUGCGUGCAUGUGCAGUGGAGCUGGGCUGAGCUGGGGUGAUUUAGAAUAAUUUAGAAUACACCCAAUGCUCCUCUUGUUCAUGUCUCAAGAGAAGACACCCUUUCCUUAUCUAAAUCUGUUUUUCAGCGUCUCUUUUAAUUCUUCCUCACCAAGCUGAGGGCAUGGGAAAUCACCAUCCUUAUCUGUCUUCCUCUAUUUCUUCCUCUAUUGGGUGUCUUCUAGACAUUUUGAUCGCUCAAAGUUUCCCAGUUAGCCUGUCUUAAGAGAGUCAGAGGAGUAGGGUGUUCCUAUCAGUUCAGACCGGUUCGGCCAAACUUGUAGUAGCUUGGUGGCCUGGGUCGCUGGAACCGGCAGUGACCCAGGCCUGCCAUGCCCCUGAACCAGUUCUCCCAUAGGUGCUGCCAUCUUGUUUCUUGCUUCUGCGCAUGCGAAGAGCAAUUUUAGUAGUAUUAUGCAUGCACACUCAGCACACACACGUCACAGCCCUGAUCGAACCAGCAGUAGUCUUUGCUGGAACCCACCACUGAGUCAGAGGAUACCAGGUAGGAGACGUUGCCCAUAUGCACUUACGGCAUUUUAACGGAAUUUACGUAAGGGGUUUUAUUGCAAUAAAAUUUUAUGUGCAAAUAUGUAUUUCAACUAACUCUUGAAAUCCCUCUUAUUGACAGUAUUGGCUUGCUUCAAUGAGGCAACAGUUUCUUCCUACAUGAAUGGGCUGGAAACUAGUCUGUAUGUCUUAAACGAGACAGUAUUACCGUAUUAAGUUAACCCAAUCUAAGUUCAUUGAUAAAUACGGAGGCAACUAAGAACUCCGUAUGGACUUUCCAAAUGUUGCUGCUGAAUAGGAAGAUAGAGCAAUGAACUUCUCUUAAACCCAGGUUCCCUUCUCAAUUCAGAACUUCAGUUAUAAUUGUAGGAGAUAAGGUUGAGAGUGGGAUCAAGAUAAGAAUACAGUCUAAAGCAGCAUUUCUCAACCUUGGCCAUUUUAAGACUCCCAACAUUGGAGCUCCAUCACUGGAGGACAACCGUUUGUCUGAAAUAAUCUAGGUUUCCUGUUUAAGCAGAAGAUUGGACUAGAAGACCUCCAAGGUUCCAACUCUGUUAUUCUGUUAAGUCUUUGACUCCAACAGCUGGCUGCGGAAUUCUGGGAGUUGAAGUCCACAUAUCUCAAAGUGGCCAAGGUUGAGAAAACCCAGGUCUAAAGGGAAGUGUUGGUCUUGGGAGGCAUUAGACUAGCUUUACCUAUUGAUUUUGAAGAAAGUAUUCAGAGGGAGUUCUCAUCAGGGGGAAAAUUCAAAGAAAUUCAACAUAGUAUCCAUAAUUGUAAACAAAGCCCUACUCUUUUCACCUCGGUGCAAUGUAGGCGCUUCCAUAAAUUCCAUAAUUUCAUAUUUUGUGCUCAUGAACUUGGUGAACAAACUUCCCAAAUUAAUUUUCUAAAAUGCAUUAAAAAGACUCCUGCACACUAAAGGGAGUUCUUUGAGCAGGUUGAUAUAAAAUGAAAGAGUCCUCAUAUUUCCAGUGAUUUAUUUUUGUACAUCUUUCCUUUGGUUUAUGUAUAUGCACUUUGGUUAAUUGUACUGUUUAUAAAUACAAAUUUUAAAAUGCA